AGAGCAAUUUCCAAUUUCCAUGGAGCUAAACCCUAAAACCCAGAGGAAAUGGCGGUACACAUGGGAAGCUCAGUCUCAUUCUCCGAAUCUUCGUCUGGUUCUUUUCGAUUCAGUAACUAUCCCUAAGAUCCAUUGCCAGAGCCUCGAUGUAUCUAUUAUCCCUGGAAAAUCUCAAAUUCUCGUCACUUGGAUCGAUGACGAAGAUGAUGAAGCCAUUAGUAGAGGAAAAGGAAGAGAAGAGGUUGUUUCUCUUCGUGUUCCUGUUCCUAGGGUUUUGCUCGAUGCUGAAUCUCCUGUGAAUUUCAGAGCUUUGGACGACCACAUUGAGGUUAGACUUGUUCUGUUACUCCCCGUUGAUCAUCCUCUAGUGUCCGAUUUCAAUUUGGUGACUGAUUCUCUCGGAAAUAGAGAUAAUUCGGCGCCAUUAGUGAUGGACUAUGAUCUAAAAACUCUAACUUCAAUGGGAGGAGUUCAUCUACACUGCAGAAAUUGCUCAAUUAGGUUAACAAAGAAAGCCCUUUUCGAUUUCUCAGAAAUGCCGUCUAUUAACUGGCGAGAAUCAGCUGAUAACUGGUUUGGUAAUUGCUGUUGUUCAUUUGGAAGCAUUAGUGAGAAGAUGGUGGCUAAGUACACGAAUUCUUAUACAUGCUCUAGUGGUUUGUGUUUGCUUAGUGCUACAACUGUUUUGCUUAGCAAGGAUGAUCUCGUAGAGUGUAACUUGUCUGAUACAAUUGGAAUCGAAAACCAACUCGAGUCAAGUUUAGCUCUGAGUUGUGAUCAUGGUGGAGUUGAAUCGGGAUCUAGAAGAAGUGAGGGAAAUGGUGAAAGCCAUGAGAAUGGAGGUGAGAGUAUUCAAGGGCUUGCUCGUGGUCAAGUGGAUGACUCGAUGCGGCGUUGUAUAGACAAGCCAUCAAUGCCUGAUUGUUGUGUACAUGACUCACCUAGGUCUAGUGAGAGUUUGCAGCUGGACCAGAAACUUACACUUGAUAAGAAGUUUCUUCUUGAUGGGUUUCUUGAGGAUGUUUUUAUGGCAAAGGCAUCGAAUGUAUCAAAGAAUGUUAAGUGGAUUGAAUUCGCUUGCCCAGAGUGUUCAUCUCCUCUUGGAGCCUAUCCUUCUGGCGGCGGGAACAGCGUUAAACCCAUAGAUGGUGGAGUUAGACUCUUCAAGUGCUAUAUCUCCACAUCAUCAGCGGCCGGUGAAUCCUCUGAUGUUUUCAGGAAAUACACAUUGGAAAGAAUGUUUACCAAUCAGCUAGUGGAAUGCGCCAAAGAAGAGUUGUCAUUUCACGUGCUGGUCAAAGAUUUGACAACAAAAUCCUCUCUGUUCCAGAUCGUUAUCCUGAAUCCGAACUCUUGGUCCUCGACUGGUCUUUGCUCGAGCGGAGAUGAACCAGGUUCCACAUUAGAGCUAAGCCGUAUUGUGAAGGUUCUGUUUUCAGAUUGCAACAGCUCGCUGGUGAAGAAGAUUGAUGAAGAAGUUUACUUUAUGAAGGGACAAGGAGAGGAGUUGAUAGAGUUGCUUACAAAUGCGAGCAAAUUUCUUCCAUCUUCAUGUGCAUAUCUUCAGGGCUCACUUGUCUCGUCGAUGCAUCUAUGAUUAACAAAAAAUAAAAAUCUUUCUUUACUUAUCCCAUUCGUUAUUUCAUACUAUGAUUUAGUGAUGAAUAUGGAUGGAAGUUUAUGUGGUAGACAUUUUUGGUUAUAUGAGUUUGAUACAAUUUUUACAUCAAGCUUCUGACCAUAAAUAUA